CUUUCUCCGCCAAAAAAACUAAAAUUUGACUUCUCUCACUUCUCUCUUCUCCAAGAAACCACCAGUUCCAAACUUUCUCUUACAAGAACAAUUUUCCCGAGAAGAUGAUGAACAUGAAUGCACAUAACAUUAACAUCCUCCGCUACUUGCUUCGGAAAUGGGCAUUAAAACAACUUCUCAUUUCUGUCAUCGUUUUCUACACAUCCAGUUGCUUGCUAGAGCACUAUGUUGUGAACCAGUAUUUUCCCCAAUUCAUAUCUGAUCAGGUCCAAGAUUCUCUGAAUGAAGUCUUUCACUCACCUACAGUUUUCAGGAUGAAUUAUGCGGAAAUGGAGAGGGAAUUUAUGGUCUUCGUGUACCAAGAUAGAAACAUAACAAAGUAUAGUGAUUUACCGAGCAAGCACAACAGCAAAUACGAAAGCGAAGAAUAUUUCUUCAGUAAUCUCAAAAUGAGUCCUUUUCUUACCGAUGAUGCGGAGGAGGCUCAUCUCUUCUUUAUUCCAAUCUUUAGCCAAAAAAUGACUAAAAAAGUACGUAUUUCGUAUCUCGAACCAUACGAAAUGGUUCACUUUGCUCUUUUCGUAGUUUGAUAUAAGCGAUAGCGCACUGGUUUUGGAUAUUAUGAUUCGGAUAGAUUGAUUCUUGUGGAAAAAUAACAAUUCUGCAAU